CACAUGAUGUGGGGGGGAUUGGAACACAUGAAUCACAUGAUAUGGAGGGGAUUGGAACACCGGAAUCACAUGAUUGGGAGGGGAUUGGAGCACCUGAAUCACAUGAUUGGGAGGGGAUUGGAACACCUGAAUCACAUGAUAUGGAGGGGAUUGGAACACCUGAAUCACAUGAUAUAGAGGGGAUUGGAGCACCUGAAUCACAUGAUAUGGAGGGGAUUGGAACACCUGAAUCACAUGAUUGGAGGGGAUUGGAACACCUGAAUCACAUGAUAUGGAGGGGAAUGGAAUACCUGAAUCACAUGAUAUGGAGGGGAUUGGAACACCUGAAUCACAUGAUAUGGAGGGGAUUGGAACACCUGAAUCACAUGAUAUGGAGGGGAUUGGAACACCCGAAUCACAUGAUAUGG